AUGGCGAAGAGCACCGAGGAGGUUGCCAAAGAGUGGGACGAGUAUGCCGAGGGUUGGACGACCGGCGAGAUGGGCAAGUGUGUCCUGGAAUUCAACCAGCUCGCGGAGGAAGUCGUACGCUCCAAGGUUGGAGACCUGAGCGGAAAGAGCGUCAUGGAGUUCGGGGCCGGGCACGGUGUCCUGGGCUUGGCCUUGGCGCCGGAGUCCGCAAGCGUGGCGCUGGUGGAUGUGGCGCCGAAGAUGAUCGAGGAAGCGAAGAAGAAGAUCGACUCCAAAGGCUUCAAAAACGUCACGGCUCAUUGCUGCGAUGUCCUGGUGGAAUGCCCCUUCAGCCCCGACUCCUUGGAUCUCAUCAUCAGCGGCUCCGUCUUGACCUUCACGCCCGACCUCCCGAAGACCUUGGCGAAGCUCGCCGACUUGAGCAAGCCAGGCAGCUACCAGCUGCACAUGGUCUUCAAAGGCAAAGAGGACGCUCCAGUGAGAGGCAGAAGCCGAACCACCGAGCUGGGCUACGAGGACGGCAUGUCUGAGGCACAGCUCCGUGAUGAACUCGCGGCCGCCAAGCUGUCCUGCUUGGAGGUGGGAGAGUUGUCCCCACCUUCAAUGGAGGGGUCCAUGACCUGGAUCUGGGCACUGGCCAAGAAGUAG